AUGGCAACCACAAAGCAGCAGGAAAAUCGAAAAAGGUUUACUAAAGAAGGCAAAGUCAAAGAGAUUAGAAGAAGUCUGACCAAAAAAGCAAGAUUGAAGAAAGGGUAUCUCAAAGCACUGAAAGAAGAAGGCUAUAGCAUUCCUGAGAAGCAGCCAAAACUUAUAACAGGAGAAAAGGCCAGGCAGAAUGAUUCACACGAGGGAAAGAUGAAAUGGGAUGGAAAGGUUCAGAUUAAGAAACAGAGAAAAAAGCUUCAAAGAGAUCUUCUUGAGGAACGUGGGAAAAAAGAGGCACAGAAGGUGAAGGAGAAUAAAGAGAGACUUGAGACACGAGAAAAGAGAAAGGUGAAUAUGACUAAGAGAACGAGGUCGGGUCAACCGCUAAUGGGUCCAAAGAUUGAGGAUCUUUUAUCAAAGAUUAAGGAUGAUGAGACCUACACGAGGUGA